AUGUCGCAGACACAGGAACCAUGCAAGCAUCCGGUGCAGCUGUUUGGCAUGUGCGCUGUUUGCGGCCAACCGGUCGACGCUGACUCGGAAGAGUCAGCAUCGCUCUCGGUGAUGCACUCGAGUUCUGCUGUCAAGGUCUCUGCCGAAGAAGCACAACGGCUCGAUUCCGAGACCACGAGCCAUCUGCUGUCGCAGCGCAAACUUGCCUUGAUCGUCGAUCUGGACCAGACUGUGAUACAUGCCACUGUCGAUCCAACCGUGGGAGAAUGGAUGCGUGACGAAUCCAACCCGAACUACGAAGCGCUCCAAUCCGUAGGCAAGUUUCGUCUCGGUAUCGACGGCGAAGAGAUCAAGGACGAAGAAGAUGGAUCCGAGCCAAAAGACCCAGCAGCAGCGCUGAAAGCCUCAAGAGCGUGUUGGUACUACGUCAAACCACGGCCGGGAGUACCACAGGUGCUGAAGCACUUGUCUGAAAAGUACGAGCUGCACGUCUACACCAUGGGAACAAGAUCAUACGCCAACUGCGUCUGCAAACUCAUCGACCCAGAUGCAAGCAUUUUCGGCAACAGGAUCUUGUCGCGAGACGAAAAUGGCAGUUUGGUACGCAAGAGUCUCAGCAGGCUGUUUCCAGUAGAUCACAGCAUGGUCGUCAUCAUUGAUGACCGAGAGGAUGUGUGGAGUCGAAGCCCGAAUCUACUCCCCGUGCUACCGUACGAGUUUUUCGUAGGUAUCGGUGAUAUCAAUGCUACUUUUCUGCCAACUCCACCUCCAUCACCGGGCGCGCUGCCAGAGGUGAUCGCUUCCGGUGCAGCUAACAAGGCAAAUGACGCGCCAACUGUCGCUGCUUUAUCGACCUCUGGCUCAGAAGCGCGUUCGAGCAAUGAUGGUACUGAUGCUACGACACCUGAAAGGGCGGUUGAGGAAGCCGCCCAAAAGGCAGAGGCGGAAGGUCGAUCGGAAGACGAGUUGCAAGCUUUGCGGGAGGCUGCAGCGCACUUUGUGGCACAGACAGAAAAGUUGCAAAGCAAGCUCGCGGAACAGCGCGAAGCAAGACCGCUGGCUAGGAUGCAGGAAGCGCUGGAUGAAAAGUUGGGGAGACACAGCAAUGGAGCAUCACGUUCGGGGACUGCGACACCGAAUGGCAACAGUGAUGAACAUAAUGGUCAGACGAGCGAAGCGGAUAGCAGUGGCAGCGAUAGCGAGACUGGUGCUGGCGAUCAUAAUAGAGCCGAUGCAGCGACGGCAGCAGCAGGAAUGUUAGAGGACAUGGCAGCUUCGGUGAACAACAGCACUGGUGCAACGUCACGAUUGUCAUCUGGUACAGGACUACCACCGCUGCUUCCACCUCCACCGCCACUUCCACCACAUCGCUCGCAUGCCGUGCUGGUCGACGACGACAACGAACUGGAUCGCGUCCAAUCGAUCCUAGACGAUCUGCACGCGCAGUGGUAUGCCAAGUACGACUUCAUGCAGUCUGCAACGGAUGCUGCCGCGUCGAAUGCAGCCAUGCUGAAACCGUCGGUGGUCGACUUGAUUGGCAUGAAAAAAGCACAGGUGCUCAAAGGCUGCACGAUCGUGUUCUCGAGCAUGAUCCCGUUUGGUCACAAUGUGGAGAAAUCGGAUCUUUGGGCGAUGGCCAGAGAGUUUGGCGCUACACCGGCAUCGGAAAUUGAGGUGGGUGUGACGACGCAUGUGGUAGCGGCGAGACCAGGGACGGCGAAAGUCCAUCAGGCGUUAAGGCUGAGUGGACAAUUGGAAGUGGUGUGGCCGAGUUGGUUCCACGUUUCGGCGAGUAGGUGGUCGAGACAGGACGAGGCGUUGUAUCGGAUUUCGGAGGGCGAGAAUGCGUUAGCGAGUGCGAACGCCAAAGCGGAAGCACAGGUGGCCAACCAACGUGUUCAAGACCAGACGAGUAGUUUGGCAGCCAACGAGGAAGCACAGGCGCAAGUGGCCGAACUGACACGUGAGGAUCCAGACGAAUCGCUCUUCGAAAAUGAGCUCAACGAUAUGGAUUGGGGCGCAGCAGCCGACGAAGUCGACGCGUACCUGGAUUCAGCUACAACGGCGAGCAAUACGUCUUCCCCGUCACCAUCGAUGCACGACGACGAUGAACAAGUCGAUGUGCACCACACCAACGCUCCCCUCCAAGGUGAUUCUCGUAAACGUCUUCGUCCCGACGAUGUGCCUUCGACCGACUUGGCCAACUCGCAAACGUCCAAAAAACAACGUCCACAAUCAGACGCUGGUGACAACAACAACGACGACGAUGAUGAUGAUGCAGACGACGGAUUCUUAGACCACCUUGCCGAAGAGUUGGAUGGACAAAUCGACAAUGAAUGA